UCAUUUCAGAAUUCUCAAAUCAAAAUUCGAGAGAGACGGAGAGUUCGGAAAACUUAUUGGUUGUUCGUUGUAGCGAUCUUGAGAGUGAGAGAUACUGAGAUAAUUGGUAGUAAAUUGAUCGAUUCUUCUAGUCCAGCGUCUGAGAUUAGGUCUGUUCGCUCUGUAUCUGACGAAGAAAUCUUGAGAGAUUUAAAUUUUCUGCUUGAAAAUACUGCGACAUCAAAAUGAGGUGUAAUGCUUGUUGGCGAGAAUUAGAAGGUCGUGCGGUAACGACUGCCUGUGGGCACCUCCUUUGUACAGAUGACGCCAGUAAAAUACUUAGCAAUGAUGGUGCAUGUCCAAUUUGCGACCAAGUUCUAUCAAAAAGCCUUAUGAAAGCCGUGGAUAUCAAUCCGAACGAUGAGUGGACAAAUAUGGCAAUGACAGGAAUAAAUCCUCAGCUACUGAUGAAAAGUACAUACAGAAGUGUGAUGUUCUACAUUGGGCAGAAAGAACUAGAGAUGCAAUACAAGCUGAACAAAAUAGUAGCACAAUGCAGGCAGAAAUGUGAGGCAAUGCAAGAGAAGUUCACAGAAAAGAUGGAACAAGUACAUACUGCAUACCAGAAGAUGGCCAAAAGGUGCCAAAUGAUGGAGCAAGAGAUUGAGAGUUUAUCCAAAGAUAAACAAGAACUCCAGGAAAAAUUCGCAGAAAAGUCUAGGCAGAAGAGAAAACUGGAUGAGAUGUAUGAUCAAUUAAGAAGUGAAUAUGAUGCAACUAAACGAUCUGCUAUCCAGCCUGCAAAUGAUAUCUUCUCUAGGGCUGAAACUGACUUGUUCGCAAGCCCAGCUAAUAUGAUGGACAAUAGAGACCCAUUGAGACAAGCUCGUUCUCGGUCUGUUUUGACUCCUGAAACUCCAGGACAAAGAGAGGAUAUGUGGCCUGGAGCAAGACAGAAGAAUUCCAACUCGGGCCAAUUUGAUGUUUCUAGUGGCUCGCCUAUAAAACCACUACAAGUUCCUAAUGAUAUUGGCAAUAAAAGAGGUGGACAUUCACUUUUUGGAACUGCAGCUGGUAACCCAUCUUCAACUUUGCGAAAUCUCAUAAUUUCCCCAAUGAAACGGCCUCAGCUCUCUCGCACCCGCCCUCAUAUGUUCACGUUAUAGGCUGAAAGGAGAAUUGCACAAAUGGUAGAACAUGUAGAAAGACUUGUUUGGUUGACUGAAUAGUAGCAUUUCUGGCAAUCUCUCCAGUGAAAUCUUUUGACGGACUUAUGGAAGUGGAGAGAAGCUGUUCGAUAGCUGAUAUCACUCAUUUUCUGAACGAAACAUGUACGCAGGAAAAUGAUUUGGGUAGAAGUGAAGAGUAUAAAGUAUAUAGUAUUAUAUUUCUCCUAACUUCAGUAUUGAAUGGAGUACUACUUUAGGACAAAUUACAAUAUUGUGAAAUUGCUUAUUAUGGGCAUAUUUUUCUUCAUUCCGACCCUUCUUUUUCUGCAUCUUACUACACAUUUGCGUAACAUUUAAUUGCAUAUCGAUGUAUGGAUUCUAGGGAUCCAUAAGACUACGGUCUGUUUUCACUUUUGA